CCCGUCCCGAGGGCACCGGCGCCGCCCGCCCGCCAGACAGUGCGCGGGGCGCCGGCGUCCACCGAGCGAGCAGGCAGGCAGGCAGGCAGGGACAGCGCCGAGCCCUGCUUCCAGCCCGGCUUUCUUCUCCCUUUCUCUCCUUCUCCACGCCCGCCGCCGGCCGGGCGGGUUCGGCGGCACCGCCGCGAUGGAAGAGGAGCGGGCGGGCGAGCAGAUGAGACCGUUGCUCACCACGGGUCAUGAUGAAGAAGCUGUUGUGGAUAUGGGCAAAAUUAGCUCUACUAUCAAGACAAACUUUGAAAAAGAAGAACUAGAGAGCCACAGAGCUGUCUAUAUUGGAGUUCACGUCCCAUUUGGAAAGCAGGGCCGUCGACGGCACAGGCAUCGUGGGCAUAGACACCACAGAAGAAAAAAAGAAAAAGAAACUGACAGAGAGGAUGGUCGGGAAUCUCCAUCUUACGACACGCCAUCCCAACGAGUGCAGUUUAUCCUGGGUACAGAAGAUGAUGAGGAACAUAUUCCUCAUGAUCUCUUCACUGAAAUGGAUGAACUUUGCUUCAGGGAUGGAGAAGAAUAUGAAUGGAAAGAAACUGCGAGGUGGCUAAAAUUUGAAGAGGAUGUUGAAGAUGGUGGUGAUCGAUGGAGCAAGCCUUAUGUAGCAACUCUGUCUCUGCACAGUCUCUUUGAACUGCGAAGCUGUAUUCUUAAUGGGACGGUCAUGUUGGACAUGAGAGCAAACACACUAGAUGAGAUAGCAGAUAUGGUUUUGGACAACAUGAUUGCCUCUGGCCAGCUGGAUGAAUCCAUAAGAGAGAAUGUAAGAGAGGCUCUUCUCAAAAGACAUCAUCACCAGAAUGAGAAAAAAUUCAGCAAUCGGAUUCCCCUGGUUCGGUCUUUUGCAGAUAUAGGCAAGAAACAUUCUGAUCCUCACUUGCUUGAACGAAACGGGGAAGGCCUAUCAGCCUCCCGCCAUUCUUUGCGAACAGGUCUCUCUGCCUCAAAUAUUUCCCUGAGAGGAGAAAACCGUUUGUCUGUUCUUCUCAGUUACCUUCUUCCUUCUUCAAGAGCUGGAACCCCUGCAACCUCAAGGUGUACAACCCCUGUAACUACCCCUCAAAACACACCACCCUCCAGUCCUACCUUCAGCCACCUGCCAGCCACAAGUGCCCAGCCAAGCCCACUUCAGGGCAAAGAAUUGCUGGUAUCGCCUGCCAGUGACGAUAUUCCUUCAGUAAUAAUCCACCCACCUGAGGAGGACUUAAAAGUGCAGGAAAUGAAGACUGAGGAUAAUAUUGGCGAAACACCAGGGCUAUUAGCAUCUCCACAGUCAGCUCCUGGGAAUUUAGACACUGGGAAAUGUGGAGAUGUUAAAGGUAAUGGAACAGGAGGAAGCAGAGAAAACAGCACCGUUGAUUUUAGUAAGGUUGAUAUGAACUUCAUGAGGAAAAUUCCUUCGGGAGCAGAAGCAUCAAAUGUGUUAGUAGGAGAAGUAGAUUUUUUAGAAAGACCUAUUAUUGCAUUUGUGAGGCUCUCACCUGCGGUGCUUCUCUCAGGUCUCACAGAGGUUCCAGUUCCUACACGAUUUUUGUUUUUGUUGCUGGGACCAGCAGGCAAAGCACCACAGUACCAUGAAAUUGGAAGAUCAAUAGCCACGCUGAUGACAGAUGAUGUUUUUCAUGAUGUUGCUUAUAAAGCUAAAGACCGAAAUGAUUUAUUAUCAGGAAUUGAUGAGUUCUUAGACCAAGUGACAGUCUUGCCUCCAGGAGAAUGGGAUCCGUCUAUACGAAUUGAGCCACCAAAAAGUGUUCCUUCCCAGGAGAAAAGGAAGAUACCUAAGUUUCCCAAUGGAUCUACUCCUACAGGAGAGCCUCUUAAAGAAGAAGGCCAUCAUGCUGGACCUGAACUUGAGAGAACUGGAAGGCUUUUUGGUGGUUUGAUACUUGACAUCAAAAGGAAAGCACCUUUUUUCUUGAGUGACUUCAAGGAUGCAUUAAGCCUGCAGUGCCUGGCCUCGAUUCUUUUCCUAUACUGUGCCUGUAUGUCUCCUGUAAUCACUUUUGGAGGGCUCCUGGGAGAAGCUACACAAGGCAGAAUAAGUGCAAUAGAGUCUCUAUUUGGAGCCUCAUUAACUGGGAUUGCCUAUUCUCUCUUUGCUGGGCAACCUCUUACUAUUUUGGGAAGCACCGGACCAGUUCUAGUAUUUGAAAAAAUAUUAUUUAAAUUUUGCAGAGACUAUGAGCUUUCCUACCUCUCCCUGCGAACUAGCAUUGGUCUGUGGACCGCGUUUUUAUGCAUAGUACUUGUAGCAACAGAUGCCAGCAGCCUUGUGUGUUACAUCACUCGCUUUACUGAAGAAGCUUUUGCAGCACUUAUAUGUAUCAUAUUUAUUUAUGAGGCAUUGGAAAAGCUUUUUCAUUUGGGAGAAGUGUAUGCCUUCAAUAUGCACAAUGAUUUGGAUAAACUGACUUUAUAUUCAUGCAUGUGUUCUCAGCCUCAGAAUCCUAGCAAUCAAACUUUACUGAUGUGGGAGAGUAUGAAUAAGUCUGUGGGAACUAUAGCAUGGAGUAACCUUACAGUUUCUGAAUGUUUGGAAUUUCAUGGUGUGUUUCAUGGAUCAGCUUGUGGUCAUCAUGGACCAUAUAUUCCAGAUGUUCUCUUCUGGUCUGUCAUAUUGUUCUUUACAACAUUUUUCCUCUCCUCUUUUCUUAAGCAAUUCAAGACCAAACGCUAUUUCCCAACUAAGGUACGUUCUACCAUCAGUGACUUUGCAGUAUUUCUGACCAUAGUAAUCAUGGUUUUGAUUGACUAUCUUGUAGGAGUACCGUCUCCGAAGCUUCAUGUUCCAGAGAAGUUUGAACCUACUCGAAAAGACCGAGGGUGGUUCAUAGAUCCUCUUGGAGGCAAUCCUUGGUGGACGCUCUUGAUAGCUGCUGUUCCUGCUUUACUCUGUACCAUUCUCAUUUUCAUGGAUCAACAAAUAACAGCUGUUAUUAUAAACAGAAAAGAGCAUAAGCUGAAGAAAGGCUGUGGUUAUCAUCUUGAUCUGCUUAUGGUUGGUGUUAUGUUGGGCAUAUGUUCCAUCAUGGGCUUACCGUGGUUUGUUGCUGCAACUGUCCUGUCUAUAAGUCAUGUUAACAGCCUGAAAGUAGAGUCCGAAUGCUCUGCCCCAGGAGAGCAACCAAAAUUUUUGGGAAUCCGUGAGCAGAGAGUGACAGGAUUGAUGAUUUUUGUCCUGAUGGGGCUGUCAGUGUUCAUGACCUCUGUGUUAAAGUUUAUUCCAAUGCCAGUUUUGUAUGGUGUCUUUCUUUACAUGGGAGUAUCUUCAUUAAAAGGCAUUCAGUUUUUUGACCGUAUAAAGCUGUUUGGAAUGCCUGCCAAACAUCAACCUGACCUGAUAUAUCUACGUUAUGUGCCACUGUGGAAGGUCCAUAUCUUUACAGUUAUUCAGCUCACUUGUCUAGUUUUGUUGUGGGUGAUUAAAGCCUCUGCAGCUGCUGUUGUUUUCCCUAUGAUGGUUCUAGCAUUAGUGUUCAUUCGCAAGCUCAUGGAUUUGUGUUUCACCAAAAGAGAGCUUAGCUGGCUUGAUGAUCUUAUGCCAGAAAGUAAAAAGAAAAAAGAAGAUGACAAGAAGAAAAAGGAAAAAGCAGAAGCAGAAAGAAUGCUUCAGACAGGGGACAGCGAAAGUGUACACCUUCGAUAUGAAGAAGCCAAUGUCUUGGAUUUUCCUGUAAAAACUCUAAAAUACAGCGUUGAUCCUUCAGUUGUAAACAUAUCAGACGAAAUGGCCAAAACUGCACAGUGGAAGGCUCUUGCCAUGAGUACUGAGAAUGCCAAAGUAACCAGAGCUAACCUGAGCCCUGAGAAGCCGGAAAGUGUGAAAAUAAAUAUGGAAGAUGCACCUGUUGUGAAAUAUGUGGAUGCUGAAACAUCUUUAUAGAACUGAACCAAGGGGAAUUUUGUGUGUUUCUGUGUGUGUGUGUGUGUGUAUAUGUAUAUGUGUGUGUGUACACAAAAAUAUAUAUAUAUACCUAUUAUAUAUACAUAUAUAGGUGUAUAUAUAUAAAAAAGCUUUAGGCUAUCAUACCACUGAAGUGUGAUUUCCGAGUCUGAGUAACACAUAUUUAAUUCUACCAUUGUUUAGGGCACUGUAGAUAUGCUUACAUAAGGAGAAGAUUUUCUUACAAAAAGAUGAGUGGUAAUCACACUUCAGAUAUUUAUUUUAUUGGAAAUUUUAUUUUCAUUUUUAAAUAGGAAGAUUGUAAUGAAUGCUUAUUCUUUUCAAUAAUCAUUAUGUGCAUAAAAAGUUAAAUCAGCUUUUGCUGCUGAUAACUGAUCCAUGUUGCUUAGAAUUUUGCAAUACCUCUGUGUUUAUAACGUGUGUUACAGAAGUUUAUUUUCCAUGCAGACAGUUACUGCGUGUUUUUUGCAGGGUAAACACGUUUUUUUGUGAAUUCAUAGAAUGAAUAUUGAUGUGCUGUUAACAUGAACUACUGUUUUAUGUCUCCACUACAUGCUAAUAUUUUUUUGGAUUCUGUCACUCACAUAGAAGUGGCCUAGAGCUCUAAGUCAGGUGAUUAAUCCUUAGACUAUAUAUAAAGUAUCUUGUUCUGAUACUUUUUUUAAUCCACUCAUGAUUUUAAAUAUCCUGUUCUGUUACUUUUUUUUUUUUUUUUUUUAAGUCCACUCUUUUUUUUCUUUUUUCUUUUCUCCUCAUUAUCACCGAGCAGUAGUACAGGUUCAGUAACUGUAGUUACAGCCCCAUGUCAGUAUUUGGCAUUCUGGAAACUCCAUGUUUAAACAACAUGAAUUGGAUUUACAGGCAGAAAUUCGGUAUAUAGAAAUUUAUACAUACUACACUAGUUGUCUUGAAUUAUUUUCUUCCUGGUUUUAUUUACGUUUUGCAUUGCCUUUGAAAGUUUGAUUUGCUCAGCUGUAAACUGAAACUUUCAAGUAUUUCAUGUCCUCCUCAAAACAUUUUUCUCACUUAAUUCAUUUUUAAACUUACUAUGUAUUUGAUUAGAUUAGCUGUAGUUGGUUAUAAUUCUGUAACAGGUUUAUGACCAGUAUUGUUUUAUGGAUUACAAAUUGCUUUGUGUUUACAGUUCUGAUCCUCUCCAUUGUAAAGGGCAUAUAUGAUAGCACACCAACCUAUUUUUAAACAUUCUAUUUAUUUUAAUUAGCGUAAAUUUUUAUCAUGUAAGACAAAUUGAAAAAAUAAAUAUUGAUUUAUUAAAGUAAAUGGGAUUUUUGGGGGGCUCACUUAAAUUGUUUAAUGAAAAUGCAAUCAGUGCGUGCGUUUGUAUUACACCUGCAAGUUCUAAUGUUAGCAUUCUAAUAUUUGAAAGAACUUCUAUGUAAAAAUCAGUCUUGUUCACUUACCUGCUGCUGUUUUCAUUAUUGGUAUUUUUUGCCUUACACCUUAUUUUUUUUGGCUUUAAUUCCUGAAAUGAUCUCUACAAUCUGAACUUCUGCUAGCCCUUUCUGGCUUUAAUUAUGAUCCAUGCUCACUUAAAAAUGGAAGAUACUGUUAGAUUAAUUUUUCUUUCAGUGAAGUGGAGGGUUUUACCAUGAACAACAUGGUAAAAUUCUCAAAAUCUUGAAAAGAUUUUGGAGGAGGGCAGAGUUCAUCUGAAAAUACCACCUGAGGUGGAGUUUUGAUGCUUUUCAGCCAAGUGUCAUUUGGAGAGAAGGUAAUUCAUGCUACAAACAUAUAGCAAUCAGUGGGAAUACAUGGAAAUAUUAGAAGUAGCAUUUAAGUUACAUAGACUGCUACCAUUUCCUUUGAUCAAAACAUAAUGGAAUAAUGUUUUACUUUUUUUUGGUGAAUUCUGAGAAGAUAAUGUACUGAAAGUAGGUUUAGAGCAAUAUGAAUAGUGCUAUCCAAACUGUUGUAACAGAGGCUCAGGUCAGGGAAAAAUUGCAAGUCAGGUCUGCAUUACCGAUUCGAAUAAUGCUGUGUAAGCAUUUCUUUGUUCUUAGAUAUCAGUGUAGCUUGUGCCUUAGCUUGAAUACGUGCUUUUUCAUAAAAUAGCCACUUCUUGCCACUAGUUAAACUGAGAUGCAGUGAUACUGUGAUAGUUUCCUAAAACUUGCAUUAUUAAAAAAAAAAAAAAAAAAAACCCAUCUGCAGCAUCACAUCUGCAGUCAGUUGUUGACUACUAAGUAGCUCUUACUGAAUCCAAGGAUGAAAAUAAUAUUUCUGCAGUUUACACAGCAUUAUCCAUAAUAAUAAUCAAUGCAUUACUUUCAUAUCUGUCUUGCAAUAAUAUCUAUGUACUUAAUGUUCACAGCCCUACAAUAUUUUCUGAAGACCCAAGCAGUUGUUACAAGCCUCAUAGUUUUUUUAAACUCUGUAAUGCCAGAAAUCAAGCUUCCCUGAUGUUCCACAUUUUGAUUUGGCUUCCACUUCUGACAGAUUAAAUUUUGGACAAUAUUACAGGAAGUGGGUAUUUCUCUAGAAAAGUUUAUAAAAAGAAAAAUACCCUCUCCCUCUCCCUACACCUAGUCUAAUCACAGUAUUUCUUUAAUUGUAAUUGUGUACGUAGUUUUAUCGGUGCUAGAAAUACAAUGACUUGCAAAGCAGUUUACAGUGUCCCUCAGUUUUAUUGCUGUUGGUUAGUAGCAUGCUAUACUUGCACCCCCGUCCCCCUAAAUAGAAUAAGACCUUGUAUUAAGUGCAUAAAAAACGAGCGGUAGUCCAUGGUUUAGUGAUUUGCUGCUCAUUUUACUCCUCCUAUGCUUUAAAAUCAUGCAUAGUAAUAAAGUAAAACAACUGAGGAUGUAGUUUACUGUAUCUAGAUAAACAUUUUGCCUUAAUGGGCACAAAAGAGCAGUGGUAGUUGCUGUACACUGAUUUUAACCUAAGGGUUAGGCCCUGUAAAAAUUAAGCCAAUAUAUUUCUAUUCCAACAGUUAGAGGAAAAUAAACAGCCCUGCACUUUUGUUAGAUGUCUUGGUUUCCCAGAAUGGAGCUUAGUGCUACUGUGUAUCUGGCUGCAGAGCCGCCUCAGGAAGUCGUUUUUCUCCUCUCCUUUUUUCCUCCCUCCUCUUCUCUCCUGUCCUUCCCCUCUCCCCCUGCCUUUUCCCUUGCCUUCCCUUUAUUUAUAAAGAUGAAUGUUUACAUGAAGUGUAAGUCUUAAUUUUGACCACUCCAUUUAAAUUAUCUUUGAAAAUAUUUCACUUAAAAUGCAGUCUCAUGUUUAAAUUGUUCUACAAAACUCAUUCUUAGUAUUUUUUGUAUGUAUUACAAUGACACUUUAUCCUGUUUACGUAUGCCCAAGUUAAUUAUAUUUUCUUCCUACUUUAAAUUUGCAGCUGUAUUGCAGUAUCUUGUAUGACUUAGUGAAAUGUUCUAAAUUGCCAAAUUUAUCGUUAUAAUACUUAAUAAGGUAGAAUUCAGUGCCCUAGUGGGGAUUUCCAGCUAAAUGUAUUGGCCGUUUUCGUCUAUGUUUAAUCAAAGUUCUCCUGUAACUUUUCAUUUGCUUCACCUACAUCUCUCUUUAGCUUACUAAUUUGUACCCUUUGCAAAGGCAGGUUCAACAUGCUGUAAAAUGUAUGUCUAAUGAAUAGGUGUAAUGUAAGAGAGCCUGCUCCAUUUUAAAGGGGUUAUUUUGUACAUGUUAUAUAAAUCAUAAGGUUAAAUGGUUCAUGAUUUUCAGUUCACAAAUGUAGUCUGUUAGAUGAACAUCACACGAUUUUUAGAUUUUUUUUUUCUUCAGUAAUGUUUUAAUUACUCAUCUAGGUCAAAUUCACUAUGAAGUACAGUACAAAUGUGUGAAAUAUUUUGUUUAUACCAACAGUAAUUUAUUUUACAGCAAAUUUACGACUAGAUGCACACAGCUUUGAGUCAGUGUAAAAGUAGUACUAUAAAGCAAAAUGCUUAGUAAUUUUAAAUCUAUUUUAUUUUGUAACUUUUUUAGUGAAAUCAUAAAUUGUAGAAAAUUUUAGUUGGAAUUGAACUUAAUCUAAAGACGCUUUCUUAUUGAAUUUAGUACCUGUUGACACUGAUUUGGAAUAAUGAGUUGAAAAUAAAGACUUUUCUAAAUAAUGCUUUAUUGGCAAGAGAAGACACAUUGUGUGUAGGGUUUUUUUUGUUGUUGCUGAUGCACUUCUGUGCAAACGUGUCUUCCAGUGUUCCGCAUCUUUAGCUGAACCACAAUUUUGAUUUUAAUAUUGAUUAUUUGAAAUGAUUACAUUGUACGGUUUGAAUGUUUUAUUACUGCUUUUCUAAUUACAAUGAUGUUUUCUUACUUUACAACACAAUCCAAAGUAAAUUAAAACUUUAUUCCAAAUGCAGAAUUAAUACUCAGUUUAUACAGAAACCACAGAUCUCAGACUUGUCUUCAAUGUGAAAGAUCCAGCCUUUUGUUAAGUGUUUUAAUUAUUGGCAGAAGGAAAAUUAUCUUUUGUAAUGUUUCCGGGAGUCCAUACAAGUAAUAAAAAUCUGAACUGUA